AUGCCGGUAAUUUCUAGUAUAGAAAUUGAUAGGAAGCAUUCAGACUUUUACGAUGGGGAUAACAAUGUAUAUUAUUCAAAAGAGUAUGAGUUAUUUUUAAGUUUGUGCAACAACAACAUUUAUUGUUUCAAAGUUAAUGACCAAAAAAAUGCAAAGUCACAAAGUUUAUACAACGUUAUGUAUCCAACUCUUGUUUUGGAAUCAUGUAUAGAUAUUGAUGACAUAAAAGAAGAUCAUUAUAAAAAAUAUUCAAACAAAAAUUGUAUAUCCUUAUUUAAUUCUAUAGGACAUUUUUAUUAUUCUGAUAAAAAUGUUUUUUUAUCAACAGAUGAUAACAAUAUUCAUCAUUAUAUUUUAGUUCCUAAUAAUUUAAAAGAAGAAAAUAAUGAGAAUAAAAACGAUGAAAAGGAUAUAAAUGAUGAGAGUACAGAAAAAAAUAUUUAUUUAUAUGAUUAUGAAAAUAGCGAAGAUGAAAAAUUAUAUAGUUAUAGUUACAACUGGAUAUAUCUAAAGCAAAAAAAAAUAUGGAAAACAAAUAAUAUUAACAUAUCAUGUUUUAGUUAUAAUAAUAUAAAAUAUAAAAAAUUAAUUGUGGGAUAUAUUAAUGGACUGAUUAAUGUAUAUAAUCUAAGCACAUAUAAAUUGGCAUUUUCAUAUAAAAUUCAUAACAGUAGAAUUACUAAUUUAAAAAUGUACAAAAAUUUUAUUAUUAGUUCAGAUAUAACAAAAAAUAUUUUUAUUUAUGAUAUAGACAAAAAAGAAAAAGUUAUAUCAUGUGAAGAUCAUAUGAGUGGAAUUGUGGAUUUUCUUUUUUUGGAAAUUAAAAGUGGAAACGAUCAAAUAAAGAUUGAAGCACAAAAUAUGGACGAGGAAAACAUAGAGAGAGAAUAUGAAGAAGAAGAAGAAGAAGAAGAAGAAGAAAAUGAGGACGAAGAUGAGAACGAUGAGGGAGAAGAGGAAGAAGAUAAAGAUGAAAAUGAGGAUGAAGAAGAGAACGAUGAGGGAAAAGAAGAAACAUUGAUAGGAUUUAUUAGUAUAGGUAAUGAUAAAAUUAUGAACGUAUGGAAUUUAAGUGCUUUAAAUUUGGAAAGCGAAGAAGAUUUCGAUCAGCUUAAAAAUGAGCAUAAUGACAUCAAUCCUAGUAGUAAUAAAAAGAGAAAGAAUAAAAAAAAUAGUAAUUUGAUUACACAAAGUCCAAUUAAACAAAUUUAUCUAGCAAAUGAUAUAAAUAAUGCUAUAAUUAUACCUUCAAAUUUGUUUAAAAAUCAAAAAAGUAAACUAAGUAUAGAAGAUGAUAAUAUAAAAUGGUUAAUACUUACCCAUAAUAAUUCUGGGGAUCUAAUUUUUUAUAAUCCAUUAAAAGGAAAUAUAAUAUAUAAAUUUAAAGAAAAUAAAUACCUAAUUAAUGAAAGUAAUGUAAUUAAACUCGUUUUAUUAAAACAUAAAUUGUAUAUAUUUAGAGAGGACAGUUCUAUAUUAAUUUAUGAUAUAAGAAACUUUAAAUUAAUAAAAAUAUAUGCAUGUAAAUUGGAAGGAAUUUUUGAAAUGAUAUUUUUUAAUCCAAACCCUAAGCCUGUAGUUAAUGAUGAAUAUAGUAAUAGUGAUGAAGAUGAGGGUUCAAUAAAUUCAAAAUAUGAUACAGAAGUAUUUGAAUCAGAUAACAUAAUAAAAAAUAAAUGUGCAAUUUUAAUAGGGGAUAACAUUAUAAGAAUAUUAAAUUUUGAGGAUAAUUUAAUUUCACAAAAAUUGUUAAUUGGGCAUGAAGAUGUUGUGUCAAGCAUUAAAAUAAGUGAAAGAAACCUUCUUUUAUUUAGUGGGUCUAAUGAUAAAAAUAUAUUUGUAUGGAAUUUAAAAAAUAAUAAUUGUUUAUAUAUAUUAAAAGAUAAUUUAUAUACUAUUAAUGCUAUUGAUGUUAAUUUGAAAAAAUUUCCAAAAAUAUUACUAGUUAGUGUUUGUGAAGAUAGUAGUUUAAAACUAUGGAACUUUUCAUUUAAUUUAGAUAAUUUAAAAGAUAAUAAAAAAAAAAGAAAAAUUGAUCAAAUUUAUGAUAAUGAGGUUAUUAAAAGCAACUUGACUAUAUACCCUCAUAAGGCUAUGAUAAAUGAUGUGACAAUAUCCCGAAAUUCGAAGAUGAUCGCUACUUGCAGCAAAGAUAAGACAAUAAAACUAUUCGAGGCGAAUACUCUAAAAUUGAUAUCAUCUUUAGAAGGGCAUACAAAAUCAGUUCAGAGUAUAUGCUUUUCUAAAACAAGCAAUCUUUUGUAUAGCAGUACAUAUGAAAGUAUAAGAAUAUGGGAUAUGAGCACAUACCAGUGCCUAAAAAAUAUUCAAAGUCUUGAUUUUAAUAUUACAAAAAUGCUAAUAUUAAAUGACAAUUGCAUGAUUAAUGGAUACAGUAAUGGGAAUAUAAGUAUUAUAAAUAUAAAAAAUAGUGAAAAAUUAUCAACUGUUAAUUAUCAUAAUGAUAAAAUAUUUUGUCUACAAAGUUACAAUAAUAAUAAUGAAAUCGUUUCUUCUUCUAUUAAUGGAGAUUUAAUUUUUUUUAAAAAUGUAAGCGAAAAAAAAGCUAGUGAAAAUAUUUAUGAAAAAAAAAAAAAUAUAUAUUAUGAAAAUUGUUUAGAAAAUUUAUUAAAAGAAAAUAAGAUUAAUGAAUCGCUACUUAUUUGUUUAAAGUUAAAUAAAAAAUUUAAGUUUAAAACAAUCAUCGAGAAUUAUUUAAAUUCUUAUACAUUUAAUAUAUUAAAUAUAUUAAAACAAUUCGAAUAUGAAUAUGGUAUAAGAAGAAUAAUGGAUAAAACUAAUAAUAACUCCAAUUCAAUACCUAUCAAAAAAGAAACAAGCUAUUAUAAAGAUGAAGAAAUCUCCAAUAAAUUAUUAAAUGGAAAUUCUCAAAAAAGUAAUAUAUCUAUAAAUAACUCCAACAUCGAUUCUAUAAAUACUAAUAUGGAAGAAAAUAAAUUAAAGAACUUAUAUUAUGAUGAUUCUAAAAUUACUAAUAUUCAAAAUCAUUUAGAAAAUGCUGAUAUAUUAGAAAAAUACAUUUAUACAAAGUUGUCAGAAUUAGAAUCUGAUAAAUCGGAUAAGUUAGUAAAUAAUGCAAUGCCUAAAGAUUCUGAUCAAGGGAAAAUUAGUGAAUCAAAUUUUUCAAAGCAAAUAAAAGAAGAAGAUGAAGAUAAUGAUGAAAAUUUUGUUAUGUUUUUAAAAAAAAUGAAAGCCACAAGUGAGCAUUCUUACUUUUUGUAUCUUAACAAAUUGAUGGAUUUUAUUUCUUUUUUUGUUAUGAAUCAUAGAUUUGCAUAUAUAGCCAAUUUUCUUCUAAAUAGCUUAAUUAAAUAUAUCAGUUAUUCAGAUAUAUGCAAGAUUAACAACUAUCAGCGUUUUUUUGAUAUUUACAACAGUUACAUACCAAGACAUAAAAAUAGAUAUUUAAAGGAUUUGCAAAAAUCGAAAUGCUUUGAGUUAAUAAAUAUAAAUUACUACAAAGGGGAUAUUAAAAUGAUGAACUAA